UUUUUUCCCCGUUGGUUCGGUCAGUGAUUAGCUGAAUCUUGACCACGACGCAAGUGUUUUGUUCGGUUGACAGAGUGGACACCGCGAGCUCUCAUACGGUUGUGUUUUAUUUUCUUGUUCUUUUCCCCUCUGUGGUGGCAGUGUGUGCGUGCAUAGGAAUUUUCAAGCAGAAGAGUGGCUAAACGCAAUUUCGAGUUGACGUGCAAAAGUUAGUGGUGAAAAAUUUAUUGACGUUCGCAAGUUUUGGUGAAAAGUGAAAAGAAAUACUGGGUGGUUUUGAAGAGUAAUUGAAUCGAAACUUUAAAUAUCUGCUCUGUGCUAGAAGAAGAUCGUUGUUGACAACAGAACGCCGAAGAGGAACGCCUAUCAACUAUCACAGUGAAAAGAAAUAACUGGAUAUAGCAUAGCUGCAUAAAUUAUCAGUGUGUUCCUGUAUUUGAUUUCUCGUGUUGGAUAAAACGGAUUAACGCCAUCCACAGCUCAGCCCACACCACAGAUAAAUUGCAACUGGAAGUGGAAAUUGAGCUUUUGCGCACACGCGGGGGGAGAGUUCGGUUAUGUAGCCCCAUAAUGGUUGUCUGUGACUAAAGGCACCCAUUUGUUUGCGCGGAAUCCGUGAACAGAGACUUCAAACCGCGGUCAGAGGGCUCCCUGACUGGCUGUCUGGCUUGCUGGUUGCGAGACGGAGAGGAGCCAUUUGUCGCUUGGCGACUGACCAACAGAGACCAAUUCCAUUUUUUUUUCUCUCGCUUCAAAGAGCUUAGCAGCAAUAGUUUAGUACUUUACCGGCGGGCCAUCAUCACCUUCACCAUCACUCCCAACAUAGGCUUCACAACAAUGUCACAUCACAGCGACGAUCAGCUUCUGCAGGCGGGCAGCGAUUCCUUCUGGGAACCCGGCAACUACAAACGCACCACCAAACGGAUAGAGGAUGGCUACAGAUUAUGCACAGACCUGCAAACGUUGAUACAGGAACGGGCGGAAAUCGAGAAAGGAUACGCCAAAAACCUGAAGGCCUGGUCGAAAAAGUGGGGCGAACUGAUUGAAAAAGGCCCGGAAUACGGUACAACUGAAGCGGCAUGGAAGGGAAUCCUUACCGAAGCGGAUCGACUUUCUGACCUCCACCUGAAAGUUAAGGAAAACCUCUGCACUGACGUGAUGCAUCAAAUCAAAGCAUGGCAGAAGGAUAAUUACCACAAGACGAUGAUGCAAAUCAAGGAGCGAAAGGAAAUGGAAGACCAGUUCAAGAAGGCACAGAAACCCUGGGCGAAGCAUCUAACGAAGGUGGAAAAGUGCAAAGCCGACUACCAUGCUGCUUGUAAGACGGAACGGUCCGCUGCCAACCAGGAACGUAAUGCCUCGAGCGAUUCGUCACUGUCCAAUGAUCAGCUGAAGAAGAUGCAGGACCGAACGGCACGCACCAAGGACGAGGUGAACAAGUGCCGAGAACGGUACGACCAAGCCCUGCAGGAAAUCAACAAAUACAACCCCGUCUACAUCGAGGACAUGACGUCGGUGUUUAUCAAGUGCCAAGAGAUGGAGGAGACCAGGUUACGUUUCUUCAAAAAUGUGCUAUUUUCGAUACACAAGUGUUUAAAUAUUUCCGAGGAUCCGAGCUUACCGCAGAUCUACAAGGAGUUCCAUCACACCGUGAACAAUGCCGACCACCUGAAGGACCUCAAGUGGUGGUCGAACAAUCACGGCGUCAAUAUGGGUAUGAGUUGGCCAACGUUCGUGGAGUACACGGAAGAAUUCCGCGACAUUGCCAAGGGAAUCAAGUCGAAAGAAGCUUUACCCGCUGCGCCGAUAACGCUCAUUCAUCAGCGACCCGUUGCCGAAGAUUUGCAUGAAUAUCCCCCGCCAGCUAGUAACAAUAACAAGAACAGCAUAAACCGCACUUCAGCAUCGCUCAGUAUUAGUAAUUCGAAUAGCAAUGCCAACAAUGGCAGUACGCAGAGGGCCACCACGCCUAGUCAGGAAUCGCCCAAGUCGGAAAGCGCCUCGAUGAAGAACAGCGAUCCGGCGACUACUCCGACGAGGACUUCACCGGCACGUAUGGUUGGGGGAGCGACCGUCGUAACGAAUGGCACCAACGGAAAAGCCAACGAUUCACAAAAUCCUUUCGACGAGGAGGAAGAAUGGGAUGAAGGCGAUGGAGCGGACAACAUUCUGGUGGACAAUGGCGAACCUGGCGUUCCGGUUAAGGCUCUGUACGACUACGAAGGUGCGGAAAGCGAUGAGCUGACAUUCAAAAUGGGUGACGUAUUCGAAAAGCUCGAAGAUGAAGAUGAACAGGGUUGGUGCAAGGGCCGCAAGGAUGGCCGCGUUGGUUUGUAUCCCGCAAACUACGUCGAAACGAUAGCGACGUAAGCGUUUUUUUUCGGGAUCACAUCUUCAGAUUUCCGGAAUCGAUUAAUAACCGCCAGCCACAGCAACUCCACGCCGGAAAGAUUUGAGCCAAAAGAAUGGAACAUAUUCACCAUAGCGGCGCAAGUCGUGGUGAUGGAUUGUUACUUUUAUUUCAAAUUUACUGAAGACUCAAGGGCACUCAUUCGCUCUUGGCGUAGAAAUGUAUUGUUGUAGAGUAAAUUUUCUUUUUGAAGGAGAAAUAAAUUUUACAAAGCCUUGUCUGCCUUAUUUCAAAAGUAUUUGAAUUGAAUGCUGAAGGAGUGUCCCAGAUAGUUCAAUCGGUUUACAAGAUCGAAUCUUUCAAAUUCAGCUGUUCAAAAUUUUCUAUAUAGAUGAUGUGUAAGAUUUUGUUAAAAUAGUUUAUAAAAGUGGGCUUUGUGGAAGAUGAACUAAGACUUGUAAAGAAAGUCUUCUGUUGUUUAAAGGUUACUUUGAAGUAUCAUUAGUUUACAAUUGUCGAUACAGAUUGAUUGCAUCGAUACAAUGUUUAUAUUUUUACCAAAUUAGAUUUUAAUCAGUUAGUACGUUUGAAAGGAUUGUGGCAUGUAAAGAUCGAGAAUAGAGUGAAAUUCUAAGGCGAUUUUAAAGCAACAAUUAUGCUCACCCAUAUAAAUACACACACUUAGGUACGUAAGCAAAGGGCGGUACUGACUGAAGCGUUUACGCGAAUGCAAAUUGUGGUUUUUCAGGACGGAUCCCGCGUGGAGACCGGAGAAGAUACACAUAGUCACGUUUGUUAAAAUGUAGAUUUAUGACUUUCAAGAGUAGAAUAUACAAAAUGAUAGAAUCAAAAAUUCAGAACAUGUGUAAGCUAAGCUGCAUUUACGAUUAAUACAGUUUCAAAAUGGAAUGAAUGAACAGAGGACAGUUUUUGAUUCCCGAUACCUACACACCCUGAUACCCAAACUCCGCAUGUUAUGCACAGCUUCGGGGCGAUCCAUUAAUUACGUAAGACAAUUUUCGGGGUUUUUCAACCCCCCCUCCCCCCAUGGUAAGAUUUUUUGUAUGAAAAUUAAAAAUAAAUUGUAUGGCGCGUAAGAAAUCUGAAACCCCCCCUCCCCCCAUAAACCCUUACAUAAUUAAUGGACAGCCCCUUCCUGUCUGCAUCUUGUUGCUGCAGUCACGACAAGAACUUGAAAACAAUCGAUUUCUAUUACAAGGAAAAGCAUACAAAACGUUGGAAAAUUUGCCAAAAAAUAAUGUUAUGGGACUAAAUUAUAGAACAAAAUACAAAGCAUCUUUACAAACACAAAAGAAUACAACUGAAUCCACCAUCGAAUAUAUUGAACUAACAAAUAUUACACAAUUAGCGAGUCUUAGGGUCGAAUCAUUCUUCUGUAGCUCCACACUAGUACCAUCGAGGUUUACGCUAAAUUAAACGAUUUGUUAGUCACAACAAUGCAUACACAACUCAAACUGGUCGAAAAGGUUUAUAUUAAGGAAAGAUUAAAUGUUCCAAGUUGUAGCAGGCAACAAGGUCGAAACAUGCCAGGGAAAACAAAACUAUUUUCCCUGGCUAAACUUUCAAGAGCAAUUGAACCGAAGAGUGACAAGUUGCGAAUGUACACGUAUCAGCGAUAUGAUAAACUACUCUUACAAAUCACGGGAUUUAAGCGGCGAACGAAACGGCAGCAGUUGAACCGAGAAUGUUAUUGUAAUAUAUUACGUUUGAGAAAUAUUCUAUGAAGAAAUCAGAGCAGAACAUAUUAGGACUUAGUAGACGAUAGGAGAUUUAAGUUAUUUAUAUAUAUUACUAGUGAAGUUAAACAUA